AUGCUCAAGCGAACAGCCAGAACUACUCUUGGCUCUAAAAUUGUCAACCGAUGCCAUGAUCAGUUCGCCGACAUCGCUGUUGAGUCCGUUCUUGCCGUCGCUGAUUUCGAAAAGAAAGAUGUUAAUUUUGAACUCAUCAAAAUGCUCACCAAGGUCGGAGGAAAGCUCGAUGAUACUCAGUUGAUCAAGGGUGUUGUCAUCGACAAGGACUUUAGUCACCCUCAGAUGCCCAAGCAAGUUGAAAACGCUAAACUCGCAAUUUUGACUUGCCCAUUCGAACCUCCAAAGCCAAAGACCAACCACAAGCUUGAUGUCACCUGUGUAGAAGACUACAAACAAUUACAAACUUACGAGCGGGAAAAAUUCGAGGAAAUGAUCAAACAAGUGAAGGAUACUGGAGCUAACCUCGCCAUUUGCCAGUGGGGUUUCGACGACGAAGCCAACCAUCUCCUCCUCCAGAACAACUUACCAGCUGUCCGAUGGGUCGGUGGUCCCGAAAUUGAGCUUAUCGCUAUCGCCACUGGCGGUCGUAUCGUCCCCCGAUUCCAGGAGCUCACCAAAGAAAAACUCGGCGAAGCUGGUAUUGUCCGAGAAAUCGACCUUGGUACCACUAAAGAGCGAAUGUUGGUUGUCGAACAGUGCAAGAACAGCAAGGCUGUCACAGUUUUCAUCCGAGGCUCCAACAGAAUGGUCAUUGCCGAGGCCGAGCGAUCCCUCCACGACGCUAUCUGCGUCGUCCGAAAUCUCAUCCGAGAUUCAAGAAUCGUCUACGGUGGUGGCGCUCCUGAAGUUGCUUGUGCUCUUGAUGUUGCUGAAGAAGCUGACAAUACUUCUGGACUCGACCAGUGGGGCAUGCGAGCAUUCGCUUCAGCUCUUGAAAGCGUACCCAUGGCCUUGGCCGAGAACUCCGGUUUGAAUCCAGUUGAGACUUUGACUGAUCUCCGAUCUGACCAAAAGACCACUGGAAACCCCCGACUUGGUGUUGAUGCUCUUUAUACCGGAGAUCGAGAUAUGAAGGUCCAAAAUGUUGUGGAGACCCUCGUUGGAAAGAAACAGCAGCUCUCGCUAGCAACACAGCUCGUUCGAAUGAUCUUAAAAAUCGACGACGUCAGAACGGUCGGCGCUCAAUAA